AUGGACAUUUGCAAACCUCUGAAUUUACGAUCCAUCUCGGGUGAUGAAAGACUCCUCGUGUUUUUCAGUAAUGAAACCUCGGAGACUGUCAAGUUGUAUUGGAUUAAUUAUGAAGGUACAGAGAUUGAAGUUGCAACUCUCUUUCCGAAGGAUGCAGUCGGACAACAGAGCUAUUGGACUCAUUGUUUCAUCAUGAGAAGUAUGAACACACCUGACAAAAUUGUUGGACUCUAUGUAUUGGAUUCCUCCUUAGAGAAUGGCUGCAUUUUGAAAUCGGGUCAGGUCCAUAACCAAUCGUCGUUGAAACCGAAUUCCACUUCACCAAUGGUAAAGAAUUUUCAAAAGGUUUGCUAUGAAUGUUCAAAAAACGGUGAAUUGCCUAGUUAUACUCCUGAAUUGAAAUCCGAGGCGAGUUACAAACAAGCAACCAUUUCAGUACGAAAUGCCACUCAAAAAACCUUAGAUGUAUUUUGGAUUGAUUUUGAAGGAAAAUUAUUGCCAUAUGGUCAAGUGCAACCGAAUGAAACCUUUGCAUCAUUGAGUGCUGUUAACCAUGUCUUUGUGUUCAAAACUCAGGACGGAUCCUAUGAAAAGGUUGUGAAAGUAUCACUUAACAAACCUUUAGUAAUUUUGGAAGAACAAACAAUUUCGAUCUGUGCGCAAACCUUAGAUGAACCAACCGAGACCAGCUGUCACCCCAUCAUUGCUGCACAAAUAUCAGAGAGAACCGGAGCAAGAAAUAUGGCCUUCUCAUAUCCUGCAAGCGAUUCUCUCGUUCGAGAUAUUGAGUCUCAUCUUCGCAAAGAAGGAAAACGAUUUAUCGAUGAAGAUUUCCCUCCCCAACCUGAUUGGGUGCGUGCCUAUGACUUCUUUAAUGGAGAUGUCGCUAUUGUAAAGAAAGGAUUUUGUGCUACUUCGCCACGACAAGGAGGAGUUGGAGAUUGUUGGCUCAUUCAAUCCUUGUCUGGAGCUGCUAUUCGACCUCAAGAGGUCAAGAAGGCUUUUUGCUUGUGUGAAUCUAUUGACCCUCAGUUAGGUCUGUAUGCAGUCACGUUUCACUCUGAAGAUCCAGGAAAGAAGUACACCAUUCUUUUGGACGAUUAUUUUCCCAUGAAUAGUGAUUUUAUCUUUGCAAAAUCUGCUGCAAGAGGAGAGUUAUGGGUACCGCUCAUUGAGAAGGCCUUUGCUAAAAUGAUUGGAGGAUUUUUGGAUUUGGCUGCAUCGAAACAUUCAUUCAAUCCCUGUCACGUGUUGGUUGCGCUGUUGGGAGGCAAAGCAAAACAUUUUGAGUGGUAUUCUGGAGAGAACUCUGUUGGAAAAAAGCUAAUGAAGGAGAAUCAAUUUUGGCCUCUCCUCGAACGGCUACUUGACAGCGAAAAGAGUGCACCUGUGUGUACCAGUAAAGCAAUAAGCGGAGGAGACGGUACUGUCGAUUCGUUUGGCAUUGUUCAUUACCAUGGCUACAGUAUUUUAGGAUAUAGAAAAUUCCCUCAAUACAAUCUCAAUUUGAUUCAGAUCAGGAAUACAUGGGCCAAUACAGAAUGGGGAGGCAGCUUUGGUGACAAUUCUAAAGAAUGGCAGAAAUAUCCCCAGCUAGCAAAAGAAUUGAAUCAUGAAGUGAAAGAUAAUGGUUGUUUCUGGAUGACUUAUGAAGAUUUUAUCAAGCAUUAUUGUGUUCUUUGGUGGAAUGAGCAUGAAUAG